AUGGCCGGUGUUGACGCUAAAGGCAGGAGAGGCCAAAAGAAGAACAUGAAGGCUGCUCAAAAAAAGAAGGGCGUUGCUGAGAAAAAACAGGAAGCAGUCUCGAACGUGAAUGCAAGUGAAAAUUCAAAUGACAGUGAAGAAAAGUCGGAGGAGCAAGACGAAAGUGAGGCUCAAAAACAAUUACCAGAGGUGAAUGAAUCCAGUCAACAGGACGAAAAGAAAGUAGACAACCAAAAUGAAGACGAAGACGAAGACGAGGAUGAAGAAGGAGAUGAGGAUGAAGUGGAACUUUCUGACCUCGAAGGCGUUGAGUUCGAAGAGGACGCUGAUCUUGUUCGUAAAAGGAAAUUGGCUUUAAAUAACACAAUUGCUCUUGAAAGCAUUUAUGAGAAGCUCAAAUAUCCUGAUAACAUCUCCAUUGUUGAAAACCAGGCUGUCACUACGAAGGAACCUGUUGUCGUUGAAAAUGUGGAAGAUGAUCUUACCAGAGAACUUGCCUUUUACAAGCAGGGUGUUGAUGGCGUUAAGGCCGCCUUUGAGCAGUUAGAAAAGCACAAGGUUCCUAUUACUCGUCCAUCGGAUUACUUUGCCGAAAUGCUGAAAUCAGAUGCCCACAUGGAGAAGGUUCGCCAAGAAUUAAUCAAAGAAGCUACUUCCAAGAAGCUCUCUGAGCAAGCCAAGAAACAACGUGAACUCAAAAAGUUUGGUAAGCAAGUUCAAGUUGCUAAACAGGAAGAACGUCAACGUUCCAAGAGAGACACUUUGGAAAAGAUUAACUUACUUAAGCGUAAGAACACCGGUUCUGAUUUAACUACUGAAGACGAUUUUGAUGUCACAUUGGCGAAGGCCGAAAAAGAAGAAAACUCUAAAAAGCCUACUAAUAAAAAGGGCGACGGUCAGCCUAACAUGAAACGACAAAAGAAAAACGAAAAAUUUGGUUUUGGAGGUAGAAAACGCGGUACAAAGAGCAAUGACGCCGAUAGUCUUGCUGCUACGGAAUUCGGCAGAAAGGGUUUGAAGGCCUUAAAGGGCAAGGGCAACAAAAGUCGUCCUGGAAAAGCUCGCCGUGAAAAAGCUAGAAGUUAA